AUGACAGGCACUGCUACACAGUCAUCAGCAGAGAGAAGAACUACACCUGGGCAAUAUCCGUUCAGCCGCUUCCCGCUGUCUCCCUUCCUCCUGCAUUUCCCAUUGUGCUCCCUCCUCAAUGAAAUUAUCAAGGGGCUUGGAAACAAACGCCACCUCGUGUUUCAGGUUCAGAUCGUUCGGGCGCGCGCGCGUGGCUGCCGCUGGAGGACCAGAAUUCCGGAGUCUCCACGGCAUCUCAUUGGCCCUCAGCCGGCGCUCACCCCUGGCCUGGCACUCAUCAUUUUCUUCCCGGCAGAAUUCAGCACUGAUGAGACUUUCCUGAUCUGUACAUAUGCACCGAUGGCUUCUCGCUCGGGACCACAAGGUUUCGUCAUCCGAGAUGCGUGGUCAUCAAUCGGAUGCGAUGUCAUUCGCAUGUACUUGACUACCAGAGUAUUGGAUAUCAUGCACGGCGAUGAAUGUCUUGGGGCAUUAUACAGUAGAGUUCCGACUGGCUGGCGAUCACGUCCCUCCUGUUCUUUCCCUAGAUUCAGGACCGGUGCAGUGACUAGUCAGGCACGAUCGCAGGCGGCAAAAAGCUGCAGAACCGUGGAAGCCGCUCCCGCUAUGCUUUACCCCUGGUUAGUCGAGAAGGCCCGGUUCGGAUCUCCGUCAACGAUCGACACGUGUCGCUCGCCAAACGGUCUCGACAUCGACCAUCAAUGCAGCACAAUGGAUUGA